AUGGGUAACUGCAGCUCAUCAUGCUGUGGAGGCCGGUCCCGUGAAGGCCUGUACGAGCCUGUUCUGGCUGAUAGCGAGCGCGAGGCCGUUGCCGACUUGUUACAAUAUCUCGAAAACCGUGGAGAGAUAAACUUCUUUUCCGGUGAACCACUUCGGGCCCUAAGUACCUUGGUCUUUUCGGAAAACAUAGACCUGCAGCGCAGUGCAAGCCUUACCUUUGCCGAAAUCACCGAGCGAGAUGUUCGAGAGGUUGACCGAGACACGCUCGAACCUAUUCUCUUCCUGUUGCAAAGCCCCGAUAUAGAAGUUCAGAGAGCCGCUAGUGCCGCCCUAGGCAACCUUGCCGUCAACACCGAGAACAAGAUAUUGAUCGUCCAGCUUGGAGGAUUAACGCCGCUCAUCCGGCAGAUGCUUUCGCCAAAUGUCGAAGUACAGUGCAAUGCCGUAGGAUGCAUCACCAACUUGGCUACACAUGAAGAAAACAAGGCAAAGAUUGCCAGAUCUGGUGCUCUUGGCCCGCUGACGAGGCUUGCGAAAUCCCGAGACAUGCGCGUGCAGCGGAACGCUACCGGGGCUCUGCUCAACAUGACCCAUUCUGAUGAGAACCGACAGCAGCUUGUUAAUGCCGGCGCUAUCCCCGUCCUAGUUCAGCUCCUCUCUUCUCCCGAUGUCGACGUACAGUACUACUGCACUACGGCCCUCAGCAACAUUGCCGUUGACGCCAACAACAGACGAAAACUAUCGUCCACCGAACCUAAACUCGUCCAAUCUUUGGUCCAUCUAAUGGACUCGUCAUCUCCAAAGGUCCAAUGUCAGGCGGCGUUGGCCCUGCGAAACCUAGCGUCCGAUGAAAAGUACCAAAUUGAGAUUGUGCGAGUCCAAGGCUUGCACCCGCUCCUUCGUCUGCUUCAGUCAUCUUACCUUCCCCUGAUCUUGUCCGCUGUGGCCUGCAUACGAAAUAUCUCGAUACACCCAAUGAACGAAUCGCCCAUCAUUGACGCCAACUUCCUCAAGCCCCUGGUCGACUUGCUUGGAUCCACCGACAACGAAGAGAUUCAAUGCCACGCUAUUUCCACUCUGCGAAAUCUGGCAGCCAGCUCGGACCGGAACAAGGCCCUGGUGUUGGACGCUGGCGCUGUCCAAAAAUGUAAACAGCUGGUGCUUGAUGUGCCUGUGACAGUACAGUCGGAAAUGACGGCCGCUAUUGCGGUUUUGGCUCUUAGCGACGAUCUCAAAUCACAUCUGCUCAAUCUGGGAGUGUGCGACGUCCUCAUACCUUUGACUCAUUCGCCCAGUAUUGAGGUUCAAGGCAACAGUGCUGCGGCUUUGGGUAACUUGUCCUCUAAAGUUGGCGACUACUCAAUUUUCGUCCAAAAUUGGAAUGAUCCAAAUGGAGGCAUUCACGGAUAUCUUGGCCGAUUUCUGCAAUCCGGCGACGCCACCUUCCAGCACAUCGCCGUCUGGACUUUGCUGCAGUUGUUCGAGUCGGAAGACAAGACUUUGAUUGGCCACAUCGGCAAGGCCAACGACAUUAUUGAAAACGUUCGAGCGAUUGCAAACCGGCAGGUCGAAGCCGAGCCCGAGUUUGAGGACGAAGACGAAGGCGAAGUGGUUAAUUUGGCUCAACGUUGCCUGGAAUUGCUGGGACAGAGCAUGUCCAAAGCUCACAUUGAAGGCUAA